GGUGCGCGUUAUGAGCUUAAAAGGAACAAUUAUUUAUUAAGUAGUACUCAAAGAAAAUUGAAGUGAUAUCAAAUCAAGUAAAGUUUCUAUAAUUCAAUAUUCGUAUAAUUAUUUGCAUAGUGUUGGUGUGUGGAAGUGAUAUUUUUAACUAGAAGCAUGUGCGGGUGUUUCUCAAAUCCAAUGUGGAACAUUUUAUAAGUGACAUAGUCAGAAACGCAUAUUUGUUAAUUGAUGCAAUACAAGAAAAAAAAAAUUUAAACAAAAAGCUGUCUGUAAAAAUUAAAGAUGAGUGCCAAUGAGUCCUCUAAACCAUGUGUAGCAACAACGUCUGGUGGAGAAGAAAAUGUUGGCACUAUGACUAGCCAACCAACAACAACAACCAGUCAGAUCAUAGACACCAACGAAAUGCAUUCUAACAAAGAUUCUGGUAGCGAUGGUGCCAAACGUGCAGACUGGCCCCAAAGUACUAACGACACCCUCUCGCCAAAUCCUGUUGCUGCUGGACAAGGUCAAAAUACCAACAGUGCUAAACGUGUCAUACGUAAAGUUAUGGUAAUUGAUCCGAAGAAAUUGCAACAAGCUGGCUUAGAUCGUAAAUUAGCAGAGGCGAUCGGAAGGCAAAAGCUCAAGGCGUUGGCUAAGGAGCAAAAGAAAAGUAUACAACACGGAGAACCUAGUAAGCUGUCAGCAAAUGAGCCUUCAGGAAGCCAAUUAACCGGACUUAUGGAAAUAUCACAAGCAGCAACCAUAACAAAAACUACAGAAGGAACGAUAUCAACGAUAAAGACAAAACCGUCGGAACUUACUGCAGCAACAACAGAUAUAACAACUAACACAGAAUCAACUACUUCCAUGGUGAAAACAACAUCAACACCGCCAACUACUACAACACUUUACACAACUAAGAAACUGGAAUCAGUAAAAAAUGUAUUCGUGAAAUCAUCAGCUGUGGAAGUGGCAUCAGAUAAAUUGGGCACAGCAGCAUCCAAUUCACCUGCGCCUGAUAGGAAAGCUUUUAUUACACCGAAAAUAACCAUAACUGGUCCCGUCGAAGAUCCUUCGGUAGUCCGUAUAAUUCCCGAACACCGUUUGCAGAACGUGAAAUAUUUACUACAAUGUAAGAUUUUGAAAAAACAACAACUAGCGGCCCAAGCUCACCAGCCAGUACAGGCUUAUCAGACGGUACAAGCUCAUAAGGCAGUACUAACUCAUCAGGCAACACCUCAAACUUUCCAAACCACUGGUACAACGACGCCAUUGCCUUCUCCAAUGAAGAUUCAAACACCGUUGAUUGCACCCAAAGAGGAAGCAGAAGAAUUCAUAAGCAUUUCCAAGCCAGAGUUACUGAAAAAACCAUCUCCUGCCAAAACUCCACAGGAUAUUGCACGUGUGCUUGACUUUAACUCUGAAGCAACUACGGAUGCCUCAGCUAUUGAGGCAAGUUCAAGUAAAAUGGAGAAAGGUGUUGCUAGCGAUGCUUUGCAUAUAAAAAAUUAUAACCCUUAUGCCCCUAAAGCUUCGCUGGUAAAGGCAGAAACGGUGGGUACGCGAGCUGUUGAUGUUGCGCGUUUAGUUGCACGUAUCGGUAGUGUUACAAUGCGAAAACAUGUCGAUCAGUUCAGCGAUAAAGCUGAGAAUUCUACCAACUCCGCCGUUGAAAUACCGAAAGCAACAAUAAGAUGUAAAAAUGUACCAUUCGAAAUAAAAAAUAAUAAAGUUUCAGUUCGGAAGGAUCAAAGCUCAGCUAAGAAUGCGUCUGCCAGAAAACAACCUCAAGAAAUUAUGCAAAAAACCCCUACGAGCCCAUUAUUUGCGUUGAAGGAUGCUGGAAUAUCUGCGGCGAACAAAACUGUGAAACUUGUUUAUAAAUUACCCUCGAAACAGCCAGUCGAUAACGAAAAUGAUAAACCCGUUAUCGCACCUCCGAAUUUCGGGCAACACAAAGACCAUUUACAAUUCAAAGAUGUACCUGCAUUUUGUACGCUAAAACAACCAUUUUCUGUUGCCACACAUUCGAAAGAUUCGUCUCUCCCCACAAAUAAAACUGUGAAAAUCGUUUAUAAAUCACCAUUGAAACAACCAAUGGAUAAUGAAACUCACAACACAGUUUCCGUAGAUCUGAAUGCUGUGCAACACAAUGAACCUUCACAAUUUAAGGAUUUUCCGAUAUUAACAUCGCUAAAACAACCAUUUUCUGUUGCUACGCAUUCGCAAGAGAUGCCUUUGCCUUCAAAUAGAACUGUAAAAAUCAUGUAUAAAGCAUCACCGAAACAGCCAAUCGAUAACGAAAACGAUAAAACCUACUCCGCAUACACUAAUCCGUCGCAACCUAAUGAGCAUUUACAAUUUAAAGAUUUCCCUGCAUUCUCUCCCCUAAAACAUCCAUUUCCUGUUGUUACACAUUCGCAAGAUUUGCCUUUGCCAACGAUCUCAACAUUCAGAAAUCCGUUUCCGACAUCAUUAAUCAAAGUGGGUCAAAUGGAGCAGUCACAGAAUGAUAACAUAACCACAACACCUAACAAUUUGGAGAAAGUUGAUUAUAUCCCAACAACUACUGAGAAUUCUCCAAAAAGUUUGAUUGUACUGGAGAAUAAAGUAUUAUCACAAGAUGAAAAGAUCGAUCUAACGGCACUAGGUUUGGGAACGCCCAAAAUAGAGCCAACACCAGAAGCGCAAGCAAUGCAAACUGAAGAAACACCUGCAUUGGGAGAUAAUCCAGUUGUGCCAAGCUCCACGACACCGCUGAAAAAUAUGAUUCCCGAGGGAGCUAAAAUUAAUAAUCGUACCAUUUUGUCUAUGGACAAGCUCAAAUUGUCUGCGGGAAAGAUAAAUGAGCUUGUCAAGAUAAUAAAAGCUAACAAAGUUAACUCAAAACACUUUCUUGUUGUUCGAAAAGUGGAAAAUACACAAAAGCCAAAUGAAAAGUUGCAUGAGUUGAGUAAAACAAAAAUUAAUAUUACUAGUAAUCCCAACACGAAGCCAAUGACUGAAACCGUGGCGCAGCCUGUAACAAAUUCCAUAAGCCCUGAUUUCAGUUCGCUUUACACGAGUACUUCUGUACCGCAAAACACAUUGGAGACUCCAAAGAGCCAAAGUCCAAGCAUUCCUGAAGCAUCAGUAUCACAACUAAUAUCCAAUAAUACACAGCCAACCUGUUUAAUUCAAACCCAAAACAAUUUGAUAAACCCGACAUCAACAGUUUCCACUUCAUUAGGAUUGAAAUGUGAACCAUUAACAGAUCAAGACUCUCAAUCUGAUUCAGAAACACAAUUCAAAAAUCCUUUGCCGCCCAUUGCACAAAAAAUGCCUGGUACAGAGCAAUACGGCCGCAAUAAAUCCUCAGUCUAUGUAAUUGAUAGUGGCGAGGAAUCGGAUGCGUCAAUUUCUGCUGUUGAUUUCAUAGCUUCACUGGCAGCUGAAAAUCCCAUUACUGAGGAUAUGAAAUUGGAACUCUCGCCGGAAGAGCUAAAUUUGAAUGCUUCAUUUGCAAUGAAUUUUUCACCUUUGCGUAUACCGAACAGGGAUAGAACUGAGAGUAUAAAAAGUGAAAUAACUGAACAGGAAUUUUUCGAAGACUGUAACGCGCCAAACACUGAGUUAUUACCUGAUACAUUUGAGCCUGAAAUGGUUCCUGAUGACGUUCAAAUCGGCAAGAUCAUCACGAUCAGUGAAGAGAAUAUUCUGAAAGCUGUAGCUGCUUCCAAAAUCAGUGACAAUGAAACACCUACUGAAAUGCAAGAAGUUUUUAAACUCACCAAAAACACUGAUUUUCUGGGCACAAGGGACACAGUUAAAGAAGAAGCGCAAAUAAAUAAUUCAGAAAAUAUGAAUAACCUAGAUAUAAUAGUCACUGACAGCUUAUCUGAAACGGCAGUGGGCCCCAUAAUAGUAAAGAACAUCGAAAUCGGCCACAUCAACAAUUUUGAAGAACCACGACCGAGUCCAGUGAUCGUGAAAGAUUUAAGAGUUGGUGUAACAGCCUGCUUCGGAGAAUUGAGUGAAAGCGAAGGAGUUGCAGUUGGGGGAGCUAAUCUAGAGGGCGAUAAAGUUUUGCCAGUAGAAGGUGGAACAGCAACUAACAGUUUAUUAAAUGUAGAAGAACACCAAAAGAAUGAUGUAAGUAAAUCUGAUGCAAGCAGGUUAUUAGAAGAAACUUCAUCCGCCGUGGAGAUAGAGACGGUUCAAACGCCAUCGGCGGAACUGGAAAUUAAAACCUCAGAAAAUACAGAUUUCAAAGUCUACCUUGCUUCAUCGGCAGACCCUGACACCAGCGUAAGCUUGCAAAGUUUGGAAAAGAGCAUUUGUGAAGAAGCUCCUAAGUCGGACCCACCUUGUGCUCCCACUACUUGCGUGCAGGAGUGCAACGAAAUGAUUAACACACAGAAUACCUCUAAAUUGACGCAAUCGCCAAAUCAAAACCUAUUCGAGUCCCAAAUGGUUCAAAUGGAUAACCAGAAACCUAGCAAACAGUCGAAUGUUGAUGAAACUACUGAGUGUGUUGAAAAGAAGUCUGUCAUAGGAGAAACAUCCAGUGUAGGACCCAAGAGAUUGCCGCGUUUCAAGAAAGGCAAAAUAAAUUUAGUUCAGCGCAAGAAGAUGUCCGGAAAUGCACAACAAACGAAAGACACAAGGUUAUCCGAAAAUAUAAAAGCGGCGGCUGAUGAAAAUAAGGCCGACCAGGAAACUGUUAUAGAAGGGAUCGCUGCAUCUUCUAAGAUAUGCAGUGAAAUCAAUAAAGCAUUUGAAAAGAAAAUUGAAAAAGAUUUACCAAGUAAUGAGGGAGAGUCCAAUGUUGUUUCGUCACCAAUAAAAGAAUCAAUAGUUGAAGUUGAAAAUAACAAUAAUUCAUCUGUGUCCGGUUCAUCGGUAGAAGUUGAAAGAAUUUCAACAACUCCUAUUUGUAACGAAGCUUUUUCGAGGCCAAGUGGCUUAAAGCGUAAAACUGCAGAUAUAACGGAGCUUUUGCAUCCGCCUAAAAUGCCGAAGCGAAAAUCUGCUAAUGCAGAUAUCAAAUCCGAUACUUCAUCAACCGACGAAAAAAUUAAUAAUAUUCUAGUAACUGCACCAAAGACAGAACAAACUGAACUGACAAUUGCCAAAAAUCCUUUCAAGAAACCUAAAAUCGACUUAAAUGUCGAUCAAAAACCAAUAAAGGGAAUUCAGAAUCUUUUGACAAAAUUCCACAAAGAGAAGAAUAUUAUUGAGGAUAAAGUUGUUAAAGAGCAGGCAAUUGGCGAAUACGAAUUGACUAUUGACAAUGUGAGACGUGAAGACACUUUAGCGCAGGCAGUAGAUGUUGGGAAAUCAAUUGGGGAACAUUUAAGAGCUGUGAAGGUAGAGGGUUCAGCAGAAAAUCUAGCGAAGUAUGCUGAAGAAAUUAUACAAACUAUAGAGAAUACUGCCGAACAACCGAAGUCACCCGAAAAUGCUGAGGACGAGACUGAUCGAUUAGGAAACUCACUGAAGCAGGAGGGACAAGUGGGCACAGAACUUGCAGAAAAAAACAUGCUUCACUUUGCAAAAUCUAAUUUUAAAGCCUCGGAUGCUGAUAAACCCGACACGGCUGAAAUUGCUAAAGCUUCAAAAGACUGUGAUAUUGUAAAUGUGACAGAUAAAGAAGAGUUAGAGAAAAAUAUGUCUGAAGAUAAUAAAGAGAGCGAAAAAAUUAAAUCAGAUUUCCUUGGCUUUGACCACAGUUUUCCGGGUACACAUAACAUUGAAAGCAAUCUACAACAGAUACUCACAAUCACCAACAGUGCUGAAAAAACCAAAACUCAAGAAGAAAACUUCAGUACUGCAGAGCGUGAGAGUCCACAUGCAGACACAAGUGAUGGCCCCCAAAAAAGUUGGCUGAAUACUACCAAGACGACGCUCAGCAAAUCGAAGAUGGGGCAGGUGAGAAAGUCAACGAAUCGACGUAGUGUGCCACUAAAGAAACGGUGGGGCGUAUUGCGUAAAUCCGAAGAUGAUAUAGAUAUAGUCGAUGAUACAUCACCGGCGGACGAUGACGACGAAGAUGACGAGAUGAACUAUGCUGGAGCGCAACAAAAUACGACACAACCAAAAGACUCGAGCAGCGAUGCAAAUAAAAAAGCGAUGAAUGUAAAUGAUAUCGGAGAAGGGGAAACCGGAAAAAGUACGUUUUUGGAAUCUACAGCCAAAGAAGAAGCCACAGAUAAUACUAAAAAUGAAAAUGAGAAAUCGAAAGUGAUGGAAGUUGCAGCAGCCUUUACUCCCAGUGGACCAACAAUAGAUUUAACGGCAAUCAAGCGCAAAAGGUAUUCCAGAGAUAUCACAAUUGUUCAAAAUCCACCACAGGAAAGCGUACCUACUUCCGAAAAUAAAAGUUCCAGCGUUUUAGAAACUCCAAAUAAAAAGUUACGUUUGAUGUCUACAGAAAUUGACAGAAAGGAAAGUGAAAAUAGCACCGUUACAAAGGCAACACAGCCAAAAGAACUAUUACAGCAACAACCACAAAACAUUCUGGAGACAAGCAGUACCACCGAUUCACCCAAUACUGCGAACGAACCCGUUACGAACUCAAUUGCUGGGCGAUCAAGUAGUCAUGUCUCGGAGGGUCUCAUAGAAAACAUUGAAGAAGCGCCUAAAAAACCUAAAGUUAAACGAGGGCGUAAACCCAAAGCUAAAAUUGAAUGCAACGAAUCAAUUGACAUAAAACUAAUAAGUGCAGACACGGCAUCGACCCAGACUGCAAAUAAAAGUGGAAAUACGUCGGCCACAGACCGCCCUUCAGAGAAUUUCAAAGCAGAGGGAAACAUUGCUAAAGAAGCUGAAACCGCAACAGAGCAGCCUAAAACUCCAAAAAAGAGGGGAAGGAAGCCAAAAGCAAAAACUGUUGAUACUUCAGAAUCAACCAGCUCAAAAGGUUGCAAAGAAGUUGCAGCUAAUGUUAAGAAAAAAUCUACCCGCGGCAAGUCUAAAGGUAAUGAGUUAAGGCCGUCACUUUCUGGGGUUCUGGUUAAGGAGGAAUUUGUCAGAACGGAUUCUGAGCUAGUUGUGCCAUCGCUAAUUGAAAUGGAAAUUAUUGAAGCAGCCAUUGGGAAAAGCCCUGACGCCAUGCAAGCACAAAGCGAUAAGCAAAAAAUUGCAACAUCUACACCUACAGCUGUGCAGUUACCAGAAGAAGGCGCUAAAAAAUCAAGAAGAAAUCGCAAGUCGUUAGGAGAAAUAGUUGUGAGCUUAGCCAAAACUCAAACCGAAAAUGAAACGAUCAACAAGGAAGAAAGUACACCCGUUGUGCCUAAGAAACGUGGACGCAAGCCAAAAUCACUGACUACGGCACUGCUGAAUGCAACUGAUUCUGAGGUGUGUAAUGGUGUUGCGGAGCCGAAGAAAAGCAUUGUGAGCUUAGCCAAAACUCAAACCGAAAAUGAAACGAUCAACAAGGAAGAAAGUACACCCGUUGUGCCUAAGAAACGUGGACGCAAGCCAAAAUCACUGACUAUGGCACUGCUGAAUGCAACUGAUUCUGAGGUGUGUAAUGGUGUUGCGGAGCCGAAGAAAAGCAUUGAGAGCACAAGCAACAAACUUGGAGAAGAUUUAAAUGCACCGAAUAUGGAUGAAAAAGUUAACGAUUCGUCUGUAAAUGUGAGCCAGGCAGCAGCCGAGCUUGAGACGCCCGUAAAAAUUCCUAAAAAACGUGGCCGUAAACCAAAAGCUUUAUUGGCCACACCUGAAACCCCAGCCGACGAAGAGUCUGCCAAAACUCCUGGGAAACAACAGGGUAGAAAAGUGAAGGUAGUGGAUUUAGAGACGCGCGGCACAUUUAACGAACGUCUAUUGCUGGUAACUAAACGAGCACAGCUCGAUACGGAUGAAGUGCUCACUGUCGAACCGGUGGCAACCAGCUCGAAUACAAGUGCCAUAAGUUGUGGACUCUGUUUACAGCAAAUGGAGCGUGACGCUUGGCUAGAUCACUUGGCAAGCCACUAUGGUGUAGGUUGGAUUGUAGGCGAAAUGACAGCAACUAAUGUUACAAUUCGUAGCGAAGUUUUAAAGGCUAUGACGGCCUUUCUGAAAACCACCGCUGGAGAAUAUCCACUGACCUGUCGCAUGUGCAAGCGCACCUUUCGUUCGGCUUUGGGCACGUUGCAGCACAUUGAGCUUUGUGGCGCGGCAAACACGCGCGCUCCAUGUGAUUACUGUAAUCGAGAUUACUCGAAACUAAGCCUUGCGACUCAUAUGCGAGAUUGCAGCCAAAAAAUGCUGAAUAAAACUGACGACAGUCCUGAGGCUGGCGAUGCAACGACUGAGAUAAAUGAGACAGUUUUAAAUAAUGUGGGGCGAAUGAAACGUGCAUCUGUCCAGAAGGCUGAAAAAAUCUUGAAAGCCAUAGGCAGGGACUCGAAAAGCGCAGGAAUAUUGUCUCUAAAAGAUGCCAAAAAUUACAUUGAGCUUGUUCCCGUCGCGGUACUUGAGAAGAUUUCAGAAAAAUGGUCUUACGACUUAGAAUCGGUGGGGAAAGCCCACUGUCCCGCGCAGAAUUGUGCCUUCGAAUCGCAGGAGCUAAACACACUUCAAGCUCAUUUUGCUAGCUGUGAAUUGAAAGAAAGUUCCAAGCCAAAAGGCGUCUAUAAAUGCCAACUUUGUGUGGGUUCUACAAAAACCUAUCAAAGCGCUAAGCUUGCGACGAAACACGUAUUUCAAAAACAUAAAAACACAGACGAUGCGUCUGAUUUCGAAGCAGAUGUUUCGGAUUGUGGCAUUAAAACGGAUGAUGAGUCCAGUGGUGCAGACGAUGACGUGUCAUCGGGUGUAGAUUCGAAUGAGGAAAGUGUGCGUGGUGAUGGUGGCGAAAGCUCUAAUGAAGGUGGUGAAGUACGCAAAACUGUGCCGAAGAAGAAGUCAAAAAAGAAAAAACCAGUAACUCCGGUAACUCCGGUAACAAACGAUCCGAAUAGUGAAAAAUUAUAUCCGCCGCGUGAUCCUGCUUACUAUCGUAAAGUACCACAAUUGUGGGAAGAAUUCACAUCGCAAAAUUACAGCACGCAACCGCUGUAUACCGACACCAAAGUAAACUACACUAUUUGCGCACGCGCACACUAUGAAAAGUAUCUCCCGCGUUUCAAAUGUUCCAUGAAAUUUAACGUGAAUUCGGACCUAAAGCUCACCAGCAUGAAACCCAAAACACAAUUUGGCAAAGCGGAGAGCUUGGAGUGGUCACAAUUGCAACUAUUGGAGAUGAGCACACAAAAUGGUGAGCAUUUGCUUUUUAUUGGCGAAGCUAUUAAAAUUGUUGGUUGGGUGCCAUUGCCUGCGGACAUUAGCGAACAAUACCUACUUAUUAGCACACGCCGUGAAUAUACCCGCUAUUACGAACCCAAAAUUGGCAAUACAUUACUUUGGCUGUACAAAGUCAUACCCGCUAAAGGAUCAGAGCCGUUUUGCAUGCAGCUGCAUUACGCCAUCAAUAUACCCAAUGGACCCGUGCUUUGUCUGGCGUUUUUGCCUAGCGGUGGCUAUGAUGCGAGUGCAAAUCGUUUGGGCCUAGUAGCUAUUGGCACGCCAACAAGCACGAUUAGAGUUUAUGCAUUACCUUUGAUUGUGGAGAAACAAGCUGCCACGACUGCACCAUCAGUUUCAGAAAAGUCGGCGCACAUAUUACAGAAUUUGACUGUGAUUGAUUUGCAACCAGUUUGGCUGCUCGCAUUGGAUAUAACUAAGAACGACUUGAGCGCACAUCCCUUUGUGAACACACAAUGCACGGCACUUUGCUGGUCGGAGUUUUCCGAACACAUGCACAUUUUCGCGGGUUAUGCAAACGGUUGUAUCAGCUACUGGGAUAUUUCUAGUGAUAUGAAUCUGAAUCGCACCGUCAUCGACGGAGUGCCACAUUUUGUGCCAAUGAAUUUCUUUUAUACGCGCGAGAAGAAAGUUGGAGCUAUGGCGCUGCAUUAUGACCCCUCAGGUGUGCGCGUGCUUGCCGUUGCCGUCAGCUGGCGAUUGCUGUUGUUCUAUGACUUGCAACUGUUCGUGCGCCCUAUGUUGCUAAAAGAAGAAAUGACAAGAAAUGAGGUGACGGAUUUGGAGUGGUCACCGAUUUGGCAAACUUUGGCUGUCGCUGUUUCCGAUUCCUUACCCAAUAACGGUCGUUGCACAUACGCCGUGAGUCCUACGAAUAUAGGUUUCAAAAACGAGUCAAUUGAUAAAAUGCUUGGCGCAGUCACUAAAAUUCAUUACAAUCCCUUGCAACCUUUGUUGGCUAAUGCGACCGAAAAUGGGGACGUAGUAAUAUUGGAUAUACGCGAAAUGCAUUUGAAGGAAAUAAUGCGUGAUUCACAACGAAAUUGUCGCGCUGUUGCAAUAAUGGAUGUGAAAUGUUUGAAUGGUAAGGAUAUACCCAGGUUGGAUCAGAAAGCAAUGCCGCCAGGCUGGAAGUUCUUCGAUGAUACUUAUAGAGAGAAAUAUGGUGUGGUGUUUGGGCCGGUGACAAAGGUUGAUAAAAUACAUAAACCGCAAUAUCUUAGCGACCAACGUCGACCGCCACUACAUUUAAUUCCCUGUACGCGAAUAAAUGGUUUGCGUUGCAAUUUAAACACGCACGGGGGAAAUUUGCUCGCUCUCGGCUAUGAAAACGGUUUUGUGCGUAUAUUCAAAGCCGAAAGGAAAUCAUUCCAAUAAAAUUGUAUGAAUUUCAAGUCUAGUUUGAAAUGGGAACUGGAAAAUACAAUUCAUUAAAAAAAUGUUGUUUUUCUUGUGUUGUAGCAGCAUAAACAUUCCCCAUGCUGCUGAAGUGACAGUCCUUGGUCGGUUAUAAACCCGUGUCUUUCCAUUUACAUAAAACCGGCUGUCGUGGAGGCGAUUAAUAAAAUGUAAUAAUAUUUAGUUGUAAAUAGGCUUCAUGUAUGAAUAUAUAUAAAAUAUAUAAAUAUAAAGUAUUUUUAGUCAUUUAUGUUGAAAACUUCUCUUUUCCCUGCGUUUUUUUAUUUUUAGUUUAGUUUUCCUCCGAGAAAACUAGUCAUUACAGUUACUAUGAAACUAAGAAGAAUUUAUUGUAAACGCUGGUUCAUUAAUUAGUAUUAGUUAGUAUAGCAAUAACUUUUUAGAUAUUAACAGGUGAAGAACUUCACAUGUAUGUCUUAAGUGAAAUGUUUCAGUCAUAGUCAUAAAUUUAAGAAUUAUAUGCAUAAUUUUAAGAUUCUUUGAAAUAUUGUUUAAGUCUAGACUACUACUACUUUAUUAAACAAAUACUCAUUGCAGUUGGAUCGAGAUCAACGACUACCUUCUAACCUUAAAAAGCUGAAUUUUUUUAAAUAUGCCGAUCUUGCGAAAAUAUAGCUAUAUCUGAAAUAUAUCACAUCUCGCGAGGUUAAAAUUAUUUGCAUAGACGUUUGGGCGGCUGAAAACAGAAUAUCUUCUUUAUGGGAGGUGGCUGCAGUUGUAGGCGUAAUUUCGUAUUUUUUUAGAUAACUUCGAAACAAAAAUAAAUGCAAUGAAUCUACGGAACUAUAAGAAGUAGUUUAUAGACUUAAGUGUGCGGUGCCAAGCAUCUUUUAACUACAUUUUUAUAUAAACGUAUUGUGUCUUUGAAUCAUAUUAAACAAAUGCUCUUAAAAAAAAUUAUUGUCAUUAACCAGAAAUAGUUUUGCUAAUUUUUAAUUUUGAGUUUUGAGUUAUAUGCACACAAAGUUUCAUUCAAAUAUAUGAAUUUUUAUUACUUUUUUCGUUGCGUACGCUAACAGACGCGCAGGGAAAUAAAUUUCUAUUCUAAGGGAGCGGGCGUGUUUUUCGGGCGAUUUUAGAAGUUUUUAGUAAAAAAUAGGCCUUAGUAAAAGAAGAUUCGACGAGUUUGAUAAAAUGGUUUUACAGUAAUUACUAAAAUAUCGCAUAUUUUGCAUGUUUGAGAAUCACCGUUAUGAGGAAGGUAGCUGUUUGUGGUUAUUAUAUGGGAAUAACUCUAUUGAUCUCGAUCCUGUUAUUCAACAUUCAUAUAUUCACAUAAUUCAUAUAUAAAAACCACAUACAUACAUACACACAUUCACACAUACGUACUUAUGCAUAAUUUAAAUUUACCUCCUGAUAUUUAGUUGACCGACAGGUAUGAAAAAAUUCAUAUUUUCUGUUACACAUUAAAUUAUUAAUUUAUUUCCUGAAUACUUUCUAAUCCAGCGUUAAACUUAGUUUAUAUAUUGAAUUAUUUUAUGUGUAGCUUAGAAGAAAAACCUAAAG